CAUUAAUUUUGGUUCUCAUCCAUUGCGAGGUAAACAUUAGAACUAUUUACGGAGAUCGCGGGAUCCCAAUGAAGCCUCCAAUGACUCUUGACUUGCCGUAGUGAUCGGCAUUGAGGCACGCGCGGCAUUGACCAAGCAAUCCAUCCAUAGAUAGUUCUAAGAUGCUAAGCCACGUCCACGUCCGCCCUUAAACUUCAUACAACCUCGCGAGCAUUCUUCAGACCACUAAACACGAACAUCAGUAUUCUGAAUAUAUCUCAGUCGUAAAUCAGAUAUCAAGUCCGCUUGCCUAGCUCAUAGACGCCCUAGUCGCCACUUCUGUCUAGAUAUUCUCUUUAAUCCAAUUUGAAAGACAUCUGACACAACUGACCGCAGCUCUUGAUGGAAGGCCCUAUUGAGAAUUCUACGCCUAUAGAGGCUAAAUCUCUGUCUCUUUUAACUGACCUUGCGUCAAAUCCUCCACAGAAUCUGGCGACCACACGGCACGAUAGACAUCCUCCACUAGUGUUGUACAUUGCUCGUGUGCCUGGAAGUAGAGACGUGUUUUUGUCUCCAAUGAAACCCAGAGAUAAAGUUGUAACUGCGGAGGAUGUGCAAAGUUCGUUGUAUUAUAUACACGUGGAUCGGCCCGGUGAUGGAAGUCUGUUAAAGUCUUCCGAUGGUUCCUGUGACGAAUCUACCGUCGAAGAGAGCGAUAAACCGCCUUCAUCAGAUAUCUUGACCCGGAAGCCUAUGCUUCCUGCUCGACCCCUCGCGAACGACUUCUUGAGAGCGGAGCGCCCAGGACAUCCGAGUCGUCCCUUGCACGUUGAUCCUCAACGUUUCUCUGGCAAACCUAGCUCAGGUCUGCUUACCAGUCGGACAGAUGUAGAGACUCAGCACAAUGUAUCCUCUGCAGCUUUUACUCGAAAGCCUAUAGCUUCAGGAACAUCGAAUCCGAAGCACUCGUCAGUGACAUUCGAUGAUUUUCUAGGUAGCACUGGGUCUCAGGGGCUCGACCCACAUACACUCUCGCAUCAGCGUAGUUCUUUUCAACCAUUACCAGCAGUGGCCCCUCAGGAAUAUCAAUCACGGGUUCUACCAGAGAACGUGAGGCCAGGAACGAACAAACAUGGCCUAGGGCUUUCUUCCAGAAGUUCCACCACAGAAGAACAGCGACGUGAUGUUCGAAUGAGACCCGAGCAUUCACAAGAUAGUGGGCUCGAAAAUCAGAAUACUUCCCAGGUACAGGAGCCAGGUAUCUCUCUUACGCUGAUCAGGAGAGACCCGGCGUCGGGUAACCAGUGGAACGUGGGCAAGGUUCUUGAUAUACCUCUUCAUGGUGUAUCAUCAUCUUCAUCAUCACAGUCUUGGACAAGCCAAAAAAGCAAGCGUGUAGGAACUCCUAUAUGCCUCGAUAUAUCAAAUCCUGGCUACUCAAAGUUUGUCACAGAUGUUGAGCGAGUACCGGAUAGAACAAGCAUACAUAGUGAUACCAUGGAGAUACCACAAAUAAUCUUCCGAAGACGACUGUGGAUGGAGGGAGCGAGGUUCACAGACCCGGCCUUUGGGCAUAGGAAGAAACGGUCGGAUACUUCAGAGACAGGCGUGGGUAAUAAUUUUGAAAAUGGUCCUUUAGUUAGAGACGCUCAGGGCUAUCUUGUCUCAGACGAUUCAGCCAGGACAACAACGUUCAAAGGAUACGCAUUUGAGACUCCUUGGAGGACAAGGUGUGAAUUUGUGACUAGUGGAGGAGGGGGCUCGCUUCGGUGUAUACACAUAUCAAAUGCUAACGGUGGUCGUACACCAAUACUCACAUCAGUUAGUGAGUUACGUUUCAACCUCCCAAAUGCCUUCAGUAAGAUGCAUUCACGACAGACUUCCGACGAUGGGUCUUCAAAGAGAAGGUCUCUCUUUGGCAAGUCUAAGCUUGCUGGAUCAUUGGCAGAGUCUACACGCGCGAGUAUGCACGAAAACGAAAAGAUGGACCUGGCCCUGGGGCAAGAAACGGCUGGUGGUGGAUUUGGAGGGAAGCAGGCCAAGCUAGGAAAACUCAUAAUCGAAGAUGUGGGGCUCCAGAUGAUGGAUCUCGUUGUGGCUGCCAAUAUGGGUCUUUGGUGGCGCGCAUAUGAACGAACGGACAAAAGGUAAAAACAACCUGUUUGACAUGAUAGACCUCGUACUUGGCUCGGUCCAGGAACGAAGCUUAUAUAAAGGUCGAAUACCGUGAGAGUUCAAUGUUACGAUGAAUUACUAUAGCGUUCCGUAAAUGAAUCAGAGUAGAAGAUCACAAUGCGUC